GGCGAGUGAGAGGUGAAAGGGUAAAGGCGCUGCCGCCGCCACCAGCCGGUGCGCGCGGACGGACGGAGGAUGUUGAAAGCCAGGGCCCGCGCGGCCCCGCUGGGCCGAGCUCGCGGCCUCACCUACUUGGGGACGCUGUGGCAGGAGAAGCGCUGGCUCCUGUUCCGGCCGCAGUACACGCUGCCGGUGGCCGCCUGCCUCUGGCUGGCCGAGAUCUGGGUCAACCUGUGGGUCAUCCGGAAAGUGCCCUACACAGAAAUUGAUUGGAGAGCCUAUAUGGAUGAAGUGGAAGGUGUAAUUAAUGGAACAUAUGACUACACGCAGUUGAAAGGUGACACUGGACCUCUUGUAUAUCCUGCUGGAUUUGUUUAUAUCUUUGCGGUGCUGUAUUACAUCACAGAUCGUGGAGUAAACAUCCACCUUGGACAGUAUAUUUUUGCCAUCUUCUACCUCAUUACCCUGCUGCUGGUCUUCAGGAUUUAUAAUCAUACAAAAAAGGUUCCACCAUUUGUAUUUUUCUUCAUGUGCUGUGCCUCCUAUCGGAUCCAUUCUAUCUUCAUCCUUCGACUUUUUAACGACCCUGUUGCCAUGAUGAUCCUCUAUGUAGCUGUGAACCUCUUUUUGAGCAAUCACUGGUCACUAGGCUGCUGUUUCUUUAGUUUAGCUGUUUCGGUAAAGAUGAACAUUUUGCUCUUCGCUCCAGGACUGCUAUUUCUUCUCAUCUCUGAGUUUGGAAUGUUAAAGGCCAUCCCAAAGCUUGGCAUCUGUGCUGUGUUGCAGGUAAUUUUGGGUUUGCCUUUCCUGAUGAAGAAUCCAGUUGGGUAUGUGGCAAGAGCGUUUGACCUUGGCCGCCAGUUUCUAUUUAAGUGGACAGUGAAUUGGCGAUUCCUGCCCGAAGAGAUCUUCCUGAAUCGUUAUUUCCACCUUACACUGUUGGUGGCACACUUGAGCAUCUUGAUUCUCUUUGCUAUUUACAGGUGGAACAAGUCUGAAGAACAAAUAUUUUCACUUCUGAAGUCCCCAGAAGCGAGAAAAACCCAGCACCAAACUGUGACAGCAGAUCAAAUUAUAUUUGUUCUCUUUACCUCAAAUUUCAUUGGAAUAUGUUUCAGUCGAUCACUACACUAUCAGUUCUAUGUCUGGUACUUCCAUACUCUGCCAUACCUCUUAUGGAGCACACAUGUGAAAAAACUUGCUCAUCUUCUCAAAGUACUUAUUCUGGGAUUAAUUGAGCUUUCCUGGAACACCUAUCCAUCAACUGUGUACAGCUCAAUUUCACUCCAUGUCUGCCACCUGAUUAUUUUGCUAUCACUUUGGUUUGGUCAUGCUGACCUUGAGAAGAGUGCACCAACUGAUGACUCCGAUGUGGCAAAAAAGAAAAACUGAUUCUUUUGGACUUGAAAAUUACUAAAGGCAACAGUGAUUUCAGAAUUUAAUAUAGCUAGGGGAAAAAUUAAGGAAAUGAAACUCUCAUAUGACCAGAUGGUAUGUUACAAAUUUAAGAUCUUAAGUUCGUUAUUGAUGCCAAAAUAAUUUGUGAGAGUUGGAAACUUGCAGCUUUGGUUUUCUUUGGAUGUCACUUUGCACUGGCGAGCUGCAUCCUUUCUCUUUCCUCACCAUCCAUCAGGUUUUGGUUUACCAUUUUUGCUGAGAAGUAGGCCAACUUAUUGUCCUUUGAGAACGAACAUGGAAUAAAACACUGAUACUGUAUGGAAUCUAUCAAUGCUAGUCAAUAGUAGUAGCUUUUGACUAGUCAACGCCAUGUAACUUCCUCAUAUUAUUUGUCUUUAACUUUUACUUCCUCAGCAAACAUCUUUCUAGGCUAAACAGGAAGUUCUUACACGAUUUCACUUAUAAAAUAAGUAUCUUUAAUUUUAAGAGUUUUUAGCUUUUAAAGAUCAAAGUCUUUAAUUAUAUAGCAGCUUAAUUCUUGAUGUGUAAUUUUUAAAAACAUUUUUAUAUGUGUUUAUAGAAUGCUUUAGAAUCAGUCUUUAAUUAAAUUGUGGGCAUAAAUGGGAAAGUAUCAAACAUUCAAUUACAUCAGUAUGGGGAUUGUAGCAGCAUAAAGAGAGCCACAAGCUGAGUUUGUAAAUGCUUUGUUAUCUGCAUUAGAUUUCCAUAUGCUGCCUCUUGAGUUAAAGGGCAAGUGUUGUUCCUAUGUUUUUGCUAUAUGAUUUAGGAGUCCUAAAGUGAGCUACAACCUGGGCAAAUUCCAUAAUUUUUUCAAGAUAUUGAGAGUAGGUCAAGUGUGUUAGUGUUCAUUUUUUCAAGCAUACAUUAUGAGAAUAGCACUGUAUAACUGGCAAACAUUUCUUUCAGAAAUAACGUAUGGCUUCCAUAUGAUGAGGCUUGUCUUUACAUAGUGGGUGCUCAAAUUUUGCUGAAUAGUCAUUACGUUUAUAAGUUAGGGGAAAUAAUUUUAUGAAGAAACCUUCAAUAAUAAUUUCAGAGGAGACUUACUGGUUUGUCUCAUGAGGAAAGAUUGGACAGGCUGGCUUAUAAUAACUGGAGUCUCAAAGUGAAGAAUGACUCGAUUGAAGUUUAUAAAAUUCUGAAUCUUGAUAAAGCGAACCUGGAAAUUAAAACAAAGAACUGUAGAUGCUGUCGAUCUGAAGCAAAAAAAGAAAUUGCUGGAGGAACACAGCAAGGCUAACAAGAAGAAAGCAGAGUUAAUGUUUCGAGUACAGUAACUCUUCAUCAGAAAAUCUGAUGAAUUUCUGUUUUUGUGAAUCUGGAAAUAAUGUUUCAUCUUGUGGAUGAGUUAAUGAGAGGACAUUGUUUUAAAAAUAGAAAUCAUCCGUUUAGGACAGAUAUGACUGGAUCCUUUUACAGAUGAUUACUUGAUUUUGGAACUCUGAAGGCAGAGUUAUGAAGUAUUUUUACUGUGGAGGCAAAUAGAUUCAUGUUAGAUAUUGGAAUCGAAGCUUAUUGUGAGUAGAUAGGAAUGUGGAAUUCGUAAACAAAUGGAUCAGCCAUGAUCAUUUUGAAUGGUGUAGCAGACUUGAAGGGAUGUAUGACCUACUUGUAUAUAUUUUUGUAUGAACAAGCCUCCAGUGCUUUCUGGGGAAGAUAAUUCCACACAUUAACAAUGUGGUGGGAGAAAAAGAUUAUCCUCAUCGCCAUCUCACAAGGAAGAUCUCUUGUUCUUAAACUUGGGUAGGAUUUUAUCUUUUGUGACAAAGCAAAGCUUAUUGUUGUUGACUGUGAAGUGAGGCUUACUGGAAUCUAGCAGUCUCUCUUGUGAGGAUUUCAUCUCCCAUCUCUCUGCAGUGUUACUGAAACUUCUUCCAGAAAUUCCCUGUGUAAAGCUGGAAUUAUGUCAUCAAACUUUUCAACCACCAAUCAUAUCGAAGGAUAUUAGUAGACAUAAACAGGAAAUAAAAAGCAUUAAAAUAAAAUAACCUGUAAAUAAUUUUGCACAGAGCAGAUUUAAGAUAAAACAUACAAAUAUUUUGAGAAAAUUCUAAGAUAUUUAAAAUAUUUAGUUUAAACAUCUGCUAAUUAAUCAUUUAACAACACCAUGUAAUAUUUUAGAGCUAAUUCUUUGUUCACCAAAUGUUAUUAUUCACCCAAGAAUACCUAAUUGAACAAAGAACCUUUUUUUAAGAUGUUACAGACUGUAUUAUGGAUGCAGAAAGUCAAUGAUUGCUGGUUCUAGGGAUGUGGCCACAGCAACUUCAGCAUUUCUGUGCAUGUCAUAGUUUUAAAGGGGUAAUCAAUGCAGAAGGAGGGAAUUCAGCUUCGGCUUGUUAAAUGAGCACUGUUACUUUGUGCUAACCUUUUUUUUUCCCCCAUAUCCUUGUAUGUUUAUUUUUAUCCUCAUCAUCCAAUGCCUUUUUGAAUGUCUCAAUUGAGCAAUGUAAUGCAGCAAACAUUCUUCCUCUGUCGCUCGACCCAAUUCCUGGAACUCUGGGUCUAUUUCCAUGCUGUACAUCUCUUUGACUCUACGACUGUAACUCCUUUCCUAACGCUAUUGAGGGUGUCCCUCUGUCCCCAAGACUGCAUCAGUUCAAGAAGGCAGCUCAGCACCACCUUCAUAAAGAUAGUUAGUGACAGGCAGAAAAUUAGCAAUACCCACAUCCCAUAAAAAGCUGACAGUUUAGCAUUAAUACUGUGCUCAGUCAAUAAUUUAGUGUCAAAAAGAAAUAUUCAACAUCUUCCAUAACUGUAAAAGAUGUUAAUCAUUUAGAGCAACUCUCAUAAGAUGAAAUGUCUUCAUUUACGUUACUUAAAUUCACCUGUUUUCUGGAGUGGACAGAACUUUCAAUGCACUCUUAAUAAACCUUUUCCUAAAAUUGAUACCAAUUUUAAAGAGAAAAACAAAUGUCUUCAUUUCCUUAUAAAUUUCAGUACAUUUCUGACAGUGCACAAAACCACCAAAUGAAAUGUAAUUAUCUUUGGACAAGUGUAUUGUGUUUUGUAAGCAUCACUGUACAAAUCAAUGGUAUCAUUGAUCUAUCAUUUUCAUUUACUUUCUUCUUGAGCUUUGAAACAUCUCCAUUUGAGUCUUAAUUAUUCAGUCGAUGUAGUGUUUGUCAAAAUAUGAUCAUGCAAGCAGGGAUUUUUAUUUCUUAUUAUCUGAAAAGAAUGUCUAAUUUAUUCAUAUUCUACGUCGGCAAAAAUUAGGAUCUUAACUUUUCAAAAGAAUUUGUUUUCUGUUGCUUGUCUCUUUACUGCACCAAAGCUGAAAGCAAGAAAAUAAACUUUUAGGAAAUAGCUGCUUAACUGAUUCUUGGUGACACUUCUGAUUUAAUUUGAAAUGUGAACUGUGCUGUUAGAUGCAUUGGCUUUCAAAUGAAACUUUAAGCUUGAGACCCUAUCCAAUCCAUCAGGUGUGUAUAAAAUAUUCCAUGGCAUUAUUUGGGGAGAAGUGAAGUUCUUCCUGAUGCUCAGGUCAACAUUUAUCUGUAGCUAUCAUUACUAAAAACAUAUUAUUUGGCCAUGAUCACCUUGUUUGCCAUAUGAAAGUUAACUGUUGUGUUUCCCACAUUUUCACAGUGACUCCUUCAAAAGUGGAUGUAAAGCACUUUUAGGUUGUCCUAAAUAAGAAGAGCACAAUGUAAAUGCAAUAUUUUUAUUUUCAAAUUUAAUGCUGGAAAGAUUUAUCCCAAGGACUUGUAUCAAUACUUUCCAACAGCAUUUCAUACAGCCCAUUAAUCUCGACACACAAGACGUUUUUAUUUUGAAUUAAAAGUAAUUAAAUGAUAGUGUGCCAUGAAAUUGUCAAAACUUGAGCAAUAACAUGUUACAAGGUUUAUGUAGGAAAUCUCUUUUUUUGGGCGACAUUUGAUGUAGGAUCCUCUGAUGUAUAAGGAACGGUUUCAAAGUGAGACACACUGGGAACUUAAUGUGACCAUGUUAAAAGAAUUUAGAAACCUAGAUCAAUAUCAAAAAUAAAAAUUCAAUGAAGGACAGUAUUUGAUUAAUGUCAUGUCAAGUGUGGGACCAUUCAGCACAGAAGGAAGCCAUUUGGCCCUCAUGCGUUUAUGAGCUUUUUGGAGAAGCUACAAUUAGUAGCACAGCAAGCUUGUUUCCGUAGUGUGAUGCGUUUUUAAACAGCAAUCCAUGCCUUUUGUUUUAAUUCUGAAUGAUUCUGCUGCAUUCACCCUAUCAGGCCGUGCAUCCCAGAUUAUCAUAAUUCACUGGGUCUUCUUAUCUCCAUACUGAGAUUUUUGCUAAUUAUUUUAAAUAUAUUAUCCAAUCCUGUGCCAGUAGAAACAAUUUCUCUCCAUCUAACAUUAUCAAAACCCUUCAUAAUUUUAAGCACAACUAUUAAAUAUCUCAUUAUCCUUUCCUACUUUAUGGAAAAUAAUCCCAGCUUCUGCAGUCUUUUCAUGUAAAUGACAUCCAUCACACUUGAUGUUAUUCUGGUAAAUUUUCUCUGUAUCAAUAACCUGGCCUUUCUAAAGUGUGAUACCCAAAGUUGGUCACAAUACUCUAGGUACGAGCUAAUCAAUUUUUUUUCAACAUUUAGUGCAUCUUUCUUUAUUCUGUACUUCUAACUAAUAAGCUCAAAACCUAUCCACUUUUUAAAAAUGAAAUUUUCAAAGAUUUAUAUGCGUUUGCCUCCAGGUCUCUUUGAUCCUGUGCCCCUUUUAAAGUGGUUCCAUUUUAUUUAUUAUGUGCUAUCAAAUUUCUCAUCCAAAAUAUAUCACCCCACACUCCAUACAAUUCAUUUCAUUUGCAAUGCAUCUACCCAUUUCACAAUGUGCAUAGGUCUUUUUGUAGUUUGCUGCUCUGCUCUUCAUAUAUGACUAUAUUCCUCUGUAAUGUAAUGUUUAAAAUUAUGUAUUGUGUCCCCAAGUCUAAACAUUAAUAUACAAAUGACACCGAAAUUGGUGGCAUUGUGGACUGUAAAGAAUGUUUUCUAAGAUUAUGAAGGGAUCUUGAUGAAAUGGGUCAGUGGGCUGAAAAAAUGCCUGAUGGUAUUCAGUCUGCAUAAAUGUGAGGUACUGCAUUUUGGUACAACAAACAAGGGUAGGGCUUGUACAAUUACUGGUAAGGACUUGGUUAGUAUUGUAGAACAGAGGGACCUAGGAGUGAUAGUACAUAAUUGUUUGAAGUUUGCAUCACGUAUAGAUGGGGUGGUUAAAAAGGGGUUUGCCACGCUUGCCUUCAUUGAUCAGUCCUUUGAGUAUAGGAGUUGGGGUGUUAUGUUGAGGUUAUACAGGACAUUUGUGA